AUGUAUAGGGGUUUAGCAAAAGCUGUCUUGAGAGGUGAAACAACGCCUUCAUCAGAGGAAAAACGUAUCAUACUACCAUCAUCAUUCACAAGAGGUCUGAGAUACAUGAUACAAAAUUAUCAAGAUGCAAUGGCUAUUUGUAGAGUGGUUGGCUAUCCAGAUCUCUUCUUGACAUUCACUUGCAAUCCUAAGUGGCUAGAACUAGAAGAUUUUCUUAAGAAUAGGAAAAUUAAUGCUAAAGGCAGACCAGAUGUUGUUUGUAGAGCUUUCAAAGUGAAACUUGAUCGGCUUAUACAAGACAUAAGAAAGAAAAAGGAUUUUUGGAAGGUUGUAUACACCAUUGAAUUCCAAAAGCGAGGCUUACCACAUGCGCAUAUUCUAGUGUUUUUACAUAUAGAUGAUAAAUAUCCAACCCCAGAAGACAUUGAUCAGAUUAUACGCGCUAAGAUACCAGAUAAAGAGGCUGAUCCAGCAUACUAUGAAGCUGUAGAGAAACACAUGAUGCAUGGACUAUGUGGAACCAUUAAACGGGACUCACCAUGCAUGGAAAAUGAAAAGUGCAUAAGACAUUUUUUCAAGAGAUUUGUUGAUAGUACAACGGUUGAUGAGGAUGGAUAUCCUAUUCACAAACUGAAGGAAGAUGGAAAGACAAUAAUUAAAUCUGGGAUUGAUCUUGAUAAUAGAUGUGUUGUCCCACAUAACAGAAAAUUAUUACUGAGAUACAUAUUCCCAUGUGAAGCAGCAUGGAGGAUAUUUGGUUACAAUAUUCAUUAUAAAGACCCAUUAGUUGUACGUUUGGGCUUUCACUUGCUUGGUGAGCAACCAGUAGUUUUCCAAAAUGAUGAAAACCUACAAGAUGUUGCCAGGAAAGCAGGCCCGACAAGCUAUGAGGAUAUUAGAACCAUUAACGGUGUUGUGUACCCCACCUAUAGAGAUGCAUGUUAUGGAAAAGGUAUUCUUGAUGAUGCCAAGGAGUACAUUGAUGCCAUCAAGAAAGCAAGCCAUUGGAGUUUCGAUAAAUACCUAAGGAAGUUGUUUGCAACUCUUCUAAUAUCAAACUCAAUAACAAGGCCAGAAUAUAUGGGAAAGGAGUUGGAAAAUCUUAUCGGAAGAUAUCCUAUAUAUUCAAUGAAACUUAUACGAGAAUCAUGGCUUAGCGCAGAACUAGCUAACUUUUUGACAAAGCUAACCGAUGAACAAAAAAAGGUAUUUGGCACCAUCAUGGAAACUUUGAACAAUGGACAAGGUGAUGUGUUUUUUCAAUAUGGUUAUGGCGACACUGAAAAGACAUCUGUUUGGAAAAUCCUAGUUAGUGCGAUCAGGUCGAAAGGGCAAAUUGUUCUAUUGGUUGCCUCGAGUGGAAUCGGAUUCCUGUUAUUACCUGGUGGAAGAACAUCACAUUUGUGGUUUGCAAUCCCAAUCAACCUGGAUGAAUUCUCAACAUGCAAUAUAAAGCAAAAUAGUGCUUUGGCAGAUUUGAUUAUAAGGGCCAAGCUUAUUAUAUGGGAUGAAGCUCCGAUAGUAAAUAGACUUUGCAUUGAUGUCCUUGAUAAGACGAUGAGAGACCUAUUGCGAUUCAAUAAUCCAAAAAGCCUUGACUAG